CAGCUAGCCAUCCAGCAGCCCACUCUCGCUUCUUUCGUUAGCUCUUUCAGUCCUUCGUUCUUUUUGAGCAUUCAUCCAAGAUGCUCCUCCCAUUCUUCCUUGCUGUUCUUGCAGCUGUGUCCACUGCAGAAUGUCAAGAGGUUACUGAGACAGUAAUUCGAUGCACAACUAGCUAUGGCAUGUUUGCUGCACGUACCGGAGUCAAUAUCGAAACAGCUUUCUUUACAACGACUACAACUAAUAGCUUUGCCAUCACAAGCACCGUCCAAGCGACAAUCACUGUCACUCCUUUGGCAACCACGUUCAUCAAUGUCGUCAAUGUCACUUCCACACUAACCACGACCGUGACUUCCGUACCGGCUGCGACCACAAUCUCUGCACCAGUUGGAUUCUUUCCGCUCAUCAACCGAGGAACUCCAACGCCUAUCCCAACCGCAAUCGGCCGUCACAGACGUGCAUUGAUCGAGCCCCGCGCCGAGCACCUUCAGAAAGUCAAACGCCUUCCUAAGACUCCGGCCGAAAACACCGGAGAGUUCAUCGUCCUACCAAACGGCGACGCUCAAAGCCUCAACCGCGUCUUUCCCACAUUUGUUGAGUGCCGUGUCAGUAUCAACAUCAACAGCACCGAGACCACUAUCGUCACCGGCCUUCCUAAGACGGAAGUCUUGGUCCCUGCCACUGCUACUGCUGUUAGCACUUCAACAGUCAGCGUCACUGAGACAAUCAUCGACGUUCAGGCUCAGCCUACUGAGUACGCGGCCUGUCAACCCAACAAUGUUGUGAACAAUGUCCUAGGCUUCGACAACCAGCCAAUCUACUUCGACCGCAUCGUCUUCAACUCCCCUGAGGGCUUCUCUAUCGCCAACAGCCUGGUCGUCAACACCACUUCAGCCAUCAACUGCUGCAUCGCAUGCCAGAACAUGGCGUUCUGCGCUGGCUCCUUCUACACACCUUCCAUUCGGGCCUGCCACUUGCAACUCGCCCAGGCAGCACCCUCAGUCCCUUCGCUGCCAGCCUCGAGCUCCAUCCCUCCCUUCCCCCUGCCUUCCUCGAACACAAGCCUGCCCUACCCGACUGCGUCCGGCGCCCCGUAUCCCACCGGCAACGACACGGCUGCACUCUUCCCCACAGCCACAGGUCUCAUUCCAUCAGGCUUCUCGACACUGGUCCCCAGCGCGACACCCAUCUCCAGCUCCUCCAAGGGCGGCAUGAGCACCCUGCCCAUUUCCGAGCCGGCCAGCACUGGAACCUUCGAUGCGCCUGGAGCGGGGACUUGCUCGGCUGGUAGCAAGAGCUUGUACCUGGGCAUGAUUCGCGGCCAGAGUGGGUUCCCUGAGGAUGUCGCGAUCAGUUUCAGCAACGGGCCGUGCGGACGGAUGAGCGUCGAUUUCGAGGAGGUGGCGCCGAUGACUACUAGUGAGUUGGUUGCGAAGAGGAUGGUGAAGAUUGGGUGGUAG